UUCACACUUCGUGAAGUGAGCACCAGCGUUCUUUUGUUUUUAAUUUUAUUUUUUAAAAACAAAAUGGCCGACGUAGUGAACAGUUUGAAGCUGCUGUUCGAUCGGCCCAAUGAGCCGCUCAUCACGCCGAAGGGGGACAAAAAUGCUGUGUUCCAGCUUACGGAGCAGGUUCUGCCCGAAGAAUACUCCUCCAACGGCAUCGAGCUAAACAACCGUUUCGGCGAGGACGCCUCCGAGAAGAUCCCCGUGAAGCAGCUCAGCUCCGUGCCGCAGUUCAACAAAGCGAAACAGCUGCCCGUGGACGCGGACUUCUCACUCUUUAUCCCGUCUCACCAGGAGUACGCUACGGAAGUCAUUGACGUGUUGAUGAGUGUCCCUGAGAACCAACUACAGGAUUUCCUGUCUACAUGCAUCUUCGCGCGCGCCAAUCUGAACCCUCAGUUGUUCAACUAUGGCUACUCUGUAGCACUUAUGCACAGGCGUGACACUAGGAAUGUCCCCAUCCAGAACUUUGCAGAAACCUUCCCUUCCAAGUUCUUGGACUCCAAAGUGUUCUCCCAAGCCCGAGAAGUAGCCAGAGUCACUCCAGGAACACAAGCUGCUCGUAAUCCCAUUAUCAUCCCGCGGGACUACACUGCCACUGACUUGGAAGAGGAACACCGUCUGGCAUACUUCCGUGAAGAUAUCGGUGUGAACCUUCAUCACUGGCAUUGGCACUUGGUGUACCCGUUCACUGCCAGCGACAGAGCCAUCGUCGCUAAGGACCGCCGUGGCGAGCUGUUCUUCUACAUGCACCAGCAAAUUAUCGCGCGUUACAAUGGAGAACGGUUAAACAACGCGCUCAAGCGAGUAAAGAAGUUCAACAACUGGCGUGAGCCAAUCCCUGAGGCGUACUACCCUAAGCUGGACAGCCUGACAUCGGCGCGCGGUUGGCCCCCACGGCAAUCCGGCAUGCGCUGGCAGAGCCUGAACCGCCCGUCUGACGGCAUCAACCUCAACCUGGAGACGAUGGAGAGACAGAGGAGAGCUGUUGAAGAGGCUAUUGCUUCUGGACGCGCUCAACUUGCCAACGGCGGCACCAUGCCUCUGGACAUCGACACACUUGGAAACAUGGUGGAGGCGAGCAUCCUGUCUCCCAACCCUCAGCUGUACGGCUCCGUGCACAACAACGGCCAUCUCUUCUCCGCCUACGUGCAUGACCCUGACCACCGCUACCUGGAAUCAUUCAGCACUAUCGCAGACGAGGCGACGACGAUGCGCGACCCCUUCUUCUACCGCUGGCACGCAUGGAUCGACGACCUGUUCCAAUCCCACAAGGAAUCUGCGUUCGUCCCGCGCUAUACUCGUUCUGAGCUUGAGAACCCCGGCGUAAGAGUGAUGGCAGCCACGAUCCAGAGCCAAGGCGGGCAGCCCAACACCCUGAACACGUUCUGGAUGCAAAGUGACGUGGAUCUCUCACGCGGCCUCGACUUCUCCAACCGUGCGCCUGUGUUCGCGCGCUUCACUCAUCUCAACCAUCGCCCCUUCCAAUAUGUCAUCAAUGUGAACAACACUGGCUCUGCUCGCCGCACUACAGUGCGCAUCUUCCUGUCGCCCAAGUUUGACGAACGCAACCUGCCCUGGAACCUCAACGACCAGCGCAAGAUGUUUGUCGAGAUGGACCGCUUCGUUGUGCCUUUGAACGCCGGGCAGAACACCAUCACCCGCCAAUCCACGCAGUCCUCCGUGACCAUUCCCUUCGAACAGACGUUCCGCGACCUCAGCGUGCAGGCCGACGAUCCGCGCCGCACCGACCUGGCGACGUUCAACUACUGCGGGUGUGGCUGGCCGCAGCAUAUGCUGGUGCCGAAAGGGACUGAAGGCGGAGCGCAGUAUCUGCUGUUUGUUAUGUGCUCCAACUACGAUCUGGACCGGGUGGACCAACCCGACGGCACCGAGCUGUCCUGCGACCAGGCCUCCAGCUUCUGCGGCCUGAAGGACCGCCUGUUCCCCGACAAGCGCGCCAUGGGCUUCCCCUUCGACCGCCCCUCCGCGUCCGCAUCCAGCAUCACAGACUUCAUACUCGACAACAUGGCGCUCACUGACGUCACCAUCCGUCUGCAGAACGUCACCGAGAUCAACCCGAGGAACCCGAGGAAUUAACGUGUUAAGGACCGACCACACGCGCGAAUGCAUUCACAGCCAGCUAUGGACGGGGAGGGAGACUUUUGAAUUUGGAAAACAUGAUACUUUUGGAAUGCGAGCGCUAGAAAUGGGUGAAGUGGUAUUUGACCACUAGUUUUCAAUGAAAUUAGCGAAAAAAUAUUUGAAAUCGAGCUGUCGAAGUUAUAAAGUGGCCCCCUGUCCAUAGUCGCUUUUGACUACAUUUUCCAUGCUAUUCGGCUUCGCUUGUAGCGCGUGAAUGUAUAGCAAUACUGCUCCAUUAACAUCUUGUGAGCAACUGGGUCCAAACUAAAAAAAUUGGCAAGUAAAAUGGCUACCGAUAUAUCUACUAUUCGUAAUUUAGAGCAUAAAACAAAAACAAGAGGCUGAUAGACUAGUAUUGUUGUUGUAACUAGUUUUAAGUGUUAUAUGUAUGUAAUAGUAAGUAAACCCGUUUGUAGUAUAAGUAUAAUUUAUAAUAAAGCAAAGCAAAAUCA